CAUCCCCACUCCCGAUCCAGCCCACCAAGCAAGAAAACCUCCCUCGAUCCGACCACGAGCACGAGGCAACUCCCGCUGGCUGCGAUGGCGUCCGGCAAGGUGCACACGCACAAGGCGUUCCUCCUCUGCAACUACGCGCUGCUGGGCGCGGCCUCCAGCUGCAUCUUCCUCACGCUCUCCCUCCGCCUGCUGCCCUCCCCGUGCGGCCUGCUCCUCAUCUUCCUCCACGCCCUCACCGCCGUCUUCUCCGCCGCGGGCUGCUCCGGCUCCUUCACGGCCGGCCCGGCCAACCCGGCGCCCUGGCACACCGCGCACACGGCGGGCGCCGCGCUCACCGCCAUCUUCCAGGGCGCCGUCGCGCUCCUCGCAUUCACCCGCACCGCCGACUUCCUCGCCGAGCUCCAGUCCUACGUCCGCGACGACGACGGCGCCGUCAUCCUCAAGAUGGUCGGCGGGCUCGGCACCGCCAUUUUCGUCCUCGAGUGGGCCGCCCUCGCGCUCGCCUUCUCCCUGCGCCUCGACGACGCCGAGGACGACGACGGCCAGGACGACCUCCGCCGCGCCAAGAACUGGGCCGACGCCUACCAUGUCUGAGCGGCGAGCCUCCGCGCUCCGUGCACCUUCGCCCGCUGGAGCGGGCGAGCGGCGCCUCCAUCCAAGAUGUGUCGAUUUGGUGUUGUUGCUGUCGCUAUUCUUUUGUGCUAGUAGUACUGUGUGUACCGUGAUGAUCUCAGAUUCUUUUGUACUAUGAUAUGAUGUCAAGGCAAAUGUAUAUUGCUUUUGACCCCAUUUAAUCGAAGAAAUAUAUUUAUAUUGCUUUGGA